CCCGUCGACGUCCAGACUGCGGUCUUGGCUCAGCGAGGCGUCGACGGCCGUGCCCGUGCCGGACGUGUACGACGUCGCGCCUGAGAGCCCGGGUAACUGGAGAAGAUUGAAGGGCACGCGCUGGAGUGGUGGGACUUGGACGAUGCGGGGAACCUUUCCCUGCUGUCGGGUGCCUCGAGCAGCACAGCUCGAUGAAGCCGGAGGUGGGACCGAUCGUGCGUGCAACGGCCCUGGCUGAAAGGGAUGAGGACGGCGCGGCACACCUCCCGGGCACGUUCGGGUUUGCGCUCGAGAUGUACACGGCGUUCGCGGAACAGCAGAUCGUGUUCAUCCUCAGGGAAGAGCUAAUCGUCAACGAGCUCGUCGCCCCACUGCUCGUGCACCUGUACCUCCUCCUCGACGUUAUACCCACCAUCCUGCCUCAAGCAUCCGGAACGAGGGAUGAUACAGAUGGCCAGUUCCUCCUCAAGCACACGGAGAACAAGGGCGACCAUAACCUCGUGGAUGACUCGCUUAACAUAGUCGGCGUCAUCGACUAGGAGUUCGCACAGACCACGUCCAAGGAGUUUGCGUUCUGCGCGCCUCUUUUCGCGUUCGACGUCGCAGCGUUCUACGCAGGGC